UGGCUGUCCUGCCUGGAGAUGUCACCAGCAGUGGCCCCCACGAGAACACAGCUGCCCAUUCAGAUGCCCUGUCUCUGAGCCACCCUGCCCAUUCCCAGCACACACCCUCCACUCCUACACACUGGAUACACAAGAUGGCUGCUAGUUCUGGACCGUUUUUCCCCCGUCGUUGGAUCCUCGUCCUCCUAACAUUUUCAGCCAGGUGUUCAGUGUCAGCAUUCAAGGUGAUGGAAGGUGCUACUGCGACAUUGUCCUGUCAAUAUUCAGUGAGCCGUUUGGGUUUGAGCCGCGUGUGCUGGGGACGAGAAUGUGGCACGUUCUGGUGCAACAACAUCCUCGCGCAGACAGACAAACAUGGCGUCAUCUCCAAGGUGUCGGACAGGUACAGACUGGCAGGUGAUGUCCUCGCGGGAGAAAUGGACCUGGGAAUUCUCGACGUCAAGCGGACAGACAGUGGGCCAUACUGUUGCAGAGUGGACAUAGAUGGCAUUUUCAACGACAAAAAAAUUAUUCAAAACUUAAGGGUCAUGAAAGCUCCAGUGACCGUUUUGCCAACAAGCACCACUGUACAUGUUACAGAAGCUCCUCCCACCACAGAACACUGGAGAGCUGUUGAAUCAUCACAUCUAGCCAUUCCAAGACAGAACACCAGUCUUUUCCCUUCGCAAACACUUAUGGAGGAGCCUCUUCCCAGCUUCUCUCUCCAGAUCAACAUCCCAGUGCUCUCUCUCUCCCUCAGUCUGCUCCUACUUAUAAUGGGGGCUUUGGUGAUAUUGGGGUUUAAACGAGGGAUUCACAGAAGAGCUUUAAAGACAGGCUGUUUGUCAGCCAAAGAGCCGCCUCACAUCAUCUAUGAGAUCCGCAUGAGGAGACCUGUGGAGGAGAACAUCUAUACUCUGGACUAGGGUGGAAGAGCCAGAGCACUGAUCUGUCCAAUAGAUGGCUGUUAACAUGAUAGUGAGGACAGCCAGACUGAUGUCUGUUUUGUCACAGUGGGUGCGUCCCAUAAGGCACCCUGUUCCCUAUAUAUUGCAUGACCAGGUAGCUGGGAAUAGGGAACAGGGUGCCUUAUGGGACACACCCACACUGUGACACACAGACAUCAGUCUGGCUGUCCUCACUAUCUUUUUAACAGCCAUCUAUUGGACGGAUCACUGUUGCCUGACAGCUGCUGUCAGAAUGAUCAUCUCUCUCAGAGGCUCUACUUUCACUUAUGGUAUCUAUGGGAGUUCCCCCUAUGUAAAAUGGAUUCACCUUUUUUAUAUAUUGUUAUUAUGUAGUGGUGUGAUGUUUUUUAGAUGCACAGUAUUGGUUGUUAUCACAAGCGGUCUAAGUUAUGCCUCUUUCUAAUUAAACAAAACGACCUAAAAGUAAAA